UGUGUAGGUGUGUCUGAACCGGCAGUGUCAGAACGUCAGUGUCUUUGGAGUGCAGGAGUGCUCAGAGAAAUGCAGCGGUCGAGGGGUGUGUAAUAACAACAAGAACUGCCACUGUGAGGCCCACUGGGCUCCUCCCUUCUGUGACAAGGCAGGCUUCGGGGGAAGUGUGGACAGUGGACCGAUGAGGCUAGCAGACUACGGUGGCGUGGCGGUGGGGGUCCUGUUGACUCUAAUAACCUUCCUGGGAGCCGGCCUCAUCGUCUCCAUCAAGAGAAAGACCCUCCUGAGACUACUCUUCACCAACAAGAAGAACCCUAUGGACAAGAUGAGGUCGGUGGGGCCUAACAGAUCCUCCGGUCCAAGCCAUAGAGAUUCCCCACGUGGCCAGCCUCAAGCCCAGACACCGCCACAGAGACAGAAACACAGCAGCAGCAUCUCCAAGGUUCAUUUCUCUUCUACCUCCUGUCAUGACGUUGGCCUGGGGCCUCCUCCCCAAAACCAACACUCCCCUGGACAGCCCUACCCCUCCCACAGCCAGCGACGACUACCCCAGUGCUCUCCUGUUCACCUCAGUCACCCCGUCCCCCUGUCCCUGUCCCCUACGUCCGCCCCUGGACAGCCCUACCCCUCCCACAGCCAGCGACGACUACCCCAGUGCUCUCCUGUUCACCUCAGUCACCCCGUCCCCCUGUCCCUGUCCCUGUCCCCUAUGUCCGCCCCUGGACCAGGACAGCCCAGACCACCUACUCCCCCUCCUCACCGAGCCCUGCCUCCCCACGGACCAGGACAGCCCAGACCACCUGCUCCCCCUCCUCACCGAGCGCUGCCUCCCCCUGGACAAGGACAUGCCCACAGCCACACCCAGGCUCCGCCCAGAGGGGCAUCGUUUCGCAGUGUGCCACAGCAACAUAACUCCUGCAGGAUGGUCUUGGAUUUGGAGAUUCCAAGUCCACCCCAGAAGCCUCUACCUGCCGACCCCCUGGGAAGGAAUACCCAGAAGCCUCUACCUGCCGACCCCCUGGGCAGGAAUACCCAGAAGCCUCUACCUGCCGACCCCCUGGGCAGGAAUACCCAGAAGCCUCUACCUGCCGACCCCCUGGGCAGGAAUACCCAGAAGCCUUUGACUGCCUACCCCCUGAGCAGGAAUACCCAGAAGCCUUUGCCUGCUAACCCUAACUCCCCCGGAAGGAGUGGUCAUCUGAUUCGUAGUCCCAUUGCUGUCGGUGUCCCCAUCCCUGUACCUGUCCCCGGUGUCCCCAGGCCGCUGAGACCUGUUCCACACCACAACAGAUCUGUUCCUAAGCAACCCCCAACACUACCUAAGCCUCGUAUGAUCGUCCACGCCAAGUUCAGCAGCUGAGAGCAGCUGGACUAAACUUGAAGGGAAUUUAAGGACGUUCUUUCCGUGAGACGAUAAAGACAUUUCACUUGCACUAUGAAACUCUGAAAACCUUAAUGAUGUGGUGUCUCUGAGUUUUGAAUAAUGGGGACGGACUGUUGGGCGGUUGGCGUGUCAGCGAGUCAGCCC